CAUCCCGUUUCUCCCCGAGCACAAUUCGCUGCAACGCAAAACAUCGCGCGUGCGCACCAGGGAGCGGCAGGCCAGUGGAUCAGGUGGCUACACACUCCGAGCUAACUGUCAACAAGAAACAACUGCUUGUACACCUUAUACCUCAACAUGUCGUCCGACUUUGAGGCAUAUGAGCAGGACUUCGGAACCCUCACUGCCGAGAUAACCAACAAAGUGGGGCGAAUUCCCAAACUAAGUGGAGAGGAGAAGACGCAGCUGGUUCUAAAUGUCGACAAGCAGCUCGAAGAAGUCAGAGAGCUGAUGGAACAGAUGGACUUGGAGGUGCGGGAGAUCCCGGUCCAGAGUAGAGCCAUGUUCAACAGCCGGCUGAAGAGCUACAAGCAGGAGCUGGAGAAGCUGGAGAAGGACUUUAAAAGGUCACGCAUCGCCUACAGUGAUGAGGUUCGCAACGAGCUGCUGGGGGACGACGCUGGCUCCUCCGAGAACCAGAGAGCCCAUCUACUGGACAACACAGAGAAGCUGGAGAGAUCUUCCAGGAGGCUGGAGGCUGGGUACCAGAUAGCCGUGGAGACUGAGCAAAUCGGUCAGGAGAUGCUGUCCAACCUGAACACUGACCGCGAGAAGAUCCAGAGAGCUAGAGAGAGGCUGAGGGAGACGGACGCCAACCUGGGCAAGAGCUCGCGGAUCCUCACCGGCAUGCUCAGAAGGAUAAUCCAGAAUCGGUUCCUGGUCUUCAUCCUGGGCGCCAUCAUCCUCAUCACCAUCAUCUUGGCCCUGUAUUUUAACCUCAGAGGACGCUGA